UAACCCUCAGUCGUGUUCAAACUGCGCUUCUAUACGUUUGCUGAGUCUCACCUUGUGAAACGUGCGCAUUUGUGACAGUAUUUUGUAUUACAGAUAUUUAUAUUGAACCCUGUUUCGAUUCUAUACAUCGAGAGUAUUUAUCUGAAUUUUGAUUUCCUCGAGGUAGAUCAAUUAAGCAACCAAGAUGAUGUCCAGCCCAGCAAUGGAAUUACAAGUUGAGGAAACCCCGUUAGCGUUGCGUCGCCUCUGGAAUCUUACCCGCGCCCGUCUCGCUGGUACUUCUACCGCUUUGGACGAGGAACAAGCGUUGGUCGAGACUUUACCUUCAGCUCAGGAGCCGGAAGGUACACCAAAAAACUGUAUACCGAAUUCUUGUGAAUAUGAAAGCGAUGGCGAGGAAGCCUUUCCAGAAUUGGAUACCCAUGAUCAAACUGAACAAGCAACGAAGCCUUCGUGGUCUUUAUGGUCAGAGAGUGCUUAUGAAAAGGAGGUUCUGUUGGAUGCUAGUACACUUGGAGAUGUUCCCGCCGUUUACCGAGUACCUGCUCCGGCAGCCCAUGAAAUGCCGGUCAUAGGAGUCUACAUCGAUGCCCGAGUCAGAACCGGCUUCAGAUACAAAAUUAGACCCAUGCAGACUUUGGACGCCCAGCCUCUAUCACUGAAGCCAAGAUACUUGUUCGGAGGCAAGGCCCUUACUCUGCAAGCGAUCGGACGUGGAUUUGCUCGGCGGAUGACAUUUGAGCCCGUGGAUUCAACUUUGAAUGACAAUAACAAUUACUUUUGGACUGACUCUCGGCCAGAAGGAUUUGUCUUUGAGAUCGAAGCAGUCUCUGCUGGUGACAAAUUUACUAUUUAUGAUGCUAACCAUGAGCCGCAGGGAAUACUGGAAAUAGUACAACAGCAGAAAAAUCAAAUUGAGCUUGAGCAAAAAAUCGCUGAAGACGGAUCAAUUGAAAAGAAAGUAAAGAUUAGUACGUUGUGCAAAGUGGAAUGGUAUGAAAACGAUGGAAUAACAAAAUUGGUGCCAGUGACUGGCAUUGCAAUUCUUAAGAAAGGAAGAGGCAAUGCAGUUGUUUCAAGAAUUGUUAAUGUUGCUAUUGGUAUUAAACAACUCAAGAAGGGUUACGAGCUUAAAUCUGGAAUCAAAUCUUCAUCUAGAAGAAUAACCGUGAAUGGCUGCGAAAUUAAUGACAUUCCAUGCCAGUAUUCUGUCGUAGGUCUUGAGAGAUACGAACAUCCCGUUAUUGGUACUUACGUUGAUCCCCGAAUUGUGCCCGGUUUCCAUUACCGAGUGAGGCCAGCAAACAGCCGUCGCCUCUUAUUCGAAGGCCGCAGCCUUUUAUUGCAGUCAGUUGGCAUGGGAUAUGGGAAACGUAUCACUUUCCAACCUGAUACCCUGAAUGAACCAGAAAACUAUUUUUGGUCCGACUCCCAUCCUGAGGGGCUUGGAAUGGAACCACGUGCUGUCCAUCCUGAUAUGAAGUUUACUAUCACAGGAAAUGGAGGUCAGAUUGGUGAGGCUAGCGUUUUUCGCGCCGAUUUACCCCAAAUUGAAGAAAGAACAAAAUACGUUGAUGUGCCAGGAAAGAGAGGAAAAGCCGUUGAGAAGUAUAUUCAAGUCGAUGUCACAUGUCACGUGAAACUGGCUACGACAGGUGGAGGUUCAGUUGAUUCAGAAGUACACCUCAUGAAAGUGUCUGGUACAGCACUUGUACGCAAGGAACCGGGAGAAGCCGUCGCCAAAUUAUUGAAAAUGUAUAACGUUGGUUUGGAUUCCCAACUCAACUUGUUGUUUGCACACUCACAGACUGAGCUCACCUUCCAUCCUCUGCCCUAAACAGUCAGCUAGACCGGAAUGGUAUUGCAAUGCGCGUGAUGGUAUUCCAGCGUCACAGAAUUGUAAUGUAAUACCAAAAAUACCCACCUGGCGUGAAGAGUUCCGUCAAAUAUUAACCGAUUUAGUACGAGUUACAACCAAAAGAAGAUGAAUGUUAUUGUACGAUUGCUUCGGUCAAUUCGGUUGUAGAUUUAUCUCGGCUGUAUUGCAUAAUGGUUAUAUGGGCUGACAUCGAUGGCUUCGAAGAUUUAGUAAUUCCUAUGAAUGAAUGUCUAUACAAGCAUUGGUACCUAUGAAAUGUUACUUGUUAUUUCUAAAAAAAUAUGUAUACACCUGAAUUCGUGGUAGUUUAAAUUUUUAAAUUAAAUAUUAUUCAUUUUAUAUGACCAGAUAUUAAUUUUGACAUUGUUAAUUUGGAGAGAGUAGAGUAAAAGACUAUACCCAUCUAUGUUAAAUUUGAAAAAUUUCAAUGUUGCUCCUAUAACAUUUAUUUUGUCAAUAUCAUUUUUGUUAUUUUCUUAUUGAUUGUCUCGGAAAGCGUUUUUUGAAUAAAGUCAAAUGAAUAAUA